GAUGAAUGUUUUCUUUUCUUCUUCUUCCUUUCUAUGCCGGAAGUUAGAACUCAUGGAGGAAGGUGAGCUAAAGGUGCAGUGACCACAUUCAGCCACUAGAUGUCGCACUGUAGCACCAAAUCACACCUGUGUUAACUACCAGAGAGGGCAGUGUGGCCCAGGAGGUGUGUUCACUGCUGCUGUAGUACUGAUACUGAUACAGUACCACAGGUACACAGUAGUAGUACCACAGUACCACAGUACUACAGUAGUAGUACUACAGUAGUACUACAGUAAUACUACAGUAGUACCACAGUAAACAUGUGUGAGUACAGCAGGGAGGUGCUGCAGGCCACCAGCUGUCUGUGCAGCAGCAGAGGAUCCAUGCAGCUGCAGCAGCUGUGGCGGGAGCUGCAGCUGUGCUCCAACAUCAGCCAACAGGAGUUCAGCUUCAUAGUCCAGGAGUGUCCCCGCUUCCUGCUGGUCCGCGGCCCGGCGGGGGACGGCGGAGGGCGGCUGGAGGACUGCACGGUGGUGGCCAAAACGUCCCUGCGGCUGUGCAGGAGGUACGGCAGGGAACCGUGCGCGGACUGCCAGCAGCUGCAUCUCUGCAAGUUCUUCAUCUACGGAACCUGCAGGUUCGGCAAAGGCAGGAAACCGUGUAAAUUCUCUCACGACAUUCGCUCCGAUCAUAACUACCGUUUACUGCGAGAGUGCACGCUGCACCAGCUGCACGAGGACCAGCUGUUCCUGCUGCUGCUGCAGAACGACCCCGCCCUGCUGCCAGAGGUGUGUUCACACUAUAAUAAAGGUAUCGGUCCUGAUGGCUCCUGCAGUUUUUCGGACACCUGUACCAAGGUGCACCUGUGUCAGCACCUGGUUCAGGGCGACUGUCUCUUUGGACCGAAGUGUAAACGUCUUCACGCCGUCGAUGAACGCCGCCGCCGCCUGCUGGAGGAGCGUGGCCUGAGCAGUGACAUCAUUCAUGACCUGCCAAUCAUCUACAGGAACCUGCACCACCUGACCACUGCCUCCCAAUCAGGUGACAACAAGCUCCGCCUCCUUCAAUAUGACAUCAAAGCAGGUUGUAGACAAUAUCUGAGAAGUGGCGGUGACUCAGGGUUUAAAGCUCGGACAGAAGAAACGAACAUCUGUCUGCACUUCAUCCGACACAGCUGCAAAUUCCAGGAUUUUUUGGGCAUAGGCACCAGCAGCAGAGAGACAGGAAAUCAUGGGAUGGAGGGGGGUGUCACAUGCAGAAAGGUCCUCCGGCCGGGACUCAACCCGGUGGGAGUUUACCGGUGGGAAGAUGGUGUCUGUGCAGGUGCAUGGGCCAAAACUGCUGCGGAGUUUGACGGGGUCACAUGGGCGCAGCUGCCGGACACGGAGGACAUCGAGCGAGCUUUCUGUGACCCGGCUCAAACCCAGAGCGAUGGCGCUCAGCCCGUCAACUUCCUGUCAAUGACUCGGUGGUCGCGGCCUGUCCGGCGUCUAUCCACCGUUUCCUCGGUAACGAAACCGCCGCACUACAUCCUGACCACAGAGUGGCGCUGGUUCUACCGGGGGGACGGGGGCCGCUGGCUGGAGUACGGACAGCCGGAUGAGAAGCAGCGCUGCACCUCACAGAGUUCGGCCAGUCUGGAGCAGAUCUACCUGACCGACAGCAGAACCCGGGUCCCUGUGGUCAAAGGUCAGCGGCACUACGUCAUCAGCUUCACAGACAUGUAUCAGAGGAACCUCAAACAGAACACCAAGAGGAGGAUUCGCCGUCGUCCUCGCUUCGUCUCAGCAGCCGACGUAAAGAACCUGAUCCAACAUCAGGCUGGGCCCCUCUAACAUCAGGCUGGGCCCCUCCAACAUCAGGCUGGGCCCUUCCAACAUCAGGCUGGGCCCUUCCAACAUCAUGCUGGGCCCCUCUAACAUCAGGCUGGGCCCUUCCAACAUCAGGCUGGGCCCUUCCAACAUCAUGCUGGGCCCCUCUAACAUCAGGCUGGGCCCUUCCAACAUCAGAC